UGCAACAUGGAGGACUACAACGAGACCCUGGAGAUGAUGCUGAACGCAUCAGAGAACUACCAGUACCAGCCGUACUAUCUGCGACCUGAGACGUACAUUGUGCCCCUGAUCUUCGCCCUGAUCUUCAUCAUUGGGGUGGUGGGAAAUGGCACCCUUGUGGCAGUCUUCGUACGGCAUAAGGCGAUGAGGAAUGUGCCGAAUACAUACAUCCUCUCCCUGGCUCUAGCAGAUCUCCUGGUCAUCAUCACGUGCGUGCCCUUCACUUCCAUCGUCUACACCGUGGAAUCCUGGCCAUGGGGUGACACCGUCUGCCGUGUCUCUGAAGCAGCCAAAGACGUCAGCAUCGGAGUGUCGGUGUUCACGCUGACAGCACUAUCUGCUGACAGAUACUUCGCCAUCGUAGACCCAUUGAGGAAGCUGCAUGCUACUGGUGGCAGUAAAAGGGCUACACGAGUGACAGUAGCAACAGCCGUCGGUAUCUGGAUACUGGCUGGUUUGCUGGCCACCCCCGCUUAUGUCGGCUCUUACCUAAGGGCGUUUGUCGUCAACCCUACCACACAGUUCCUCGUCUGCUACCCCUACCCGCCAGAGUGGGGGGAGAACUACCCCCGCACGAUGGUGCUGAUCCGGUUUCUGGUGUACUACUCGCUGCCGCUGGCCGUCAUCGCCCUUUUCUACGUGCUGAUGGCGCGCCAUCUCGUGUUGAGUACGCAGAACGUGCCCGGUGAGAUGCAGGGCACGCAGAGACAGGGAGCCGCAGUAACAGACGGCAGAUUGCGAGCUGGUGAUCGACUGGUCUCAGUGAACAAGGUCUCAGUAGCGGGACUCACGCAGCAGCAAGUGGUUUCAUUGCUGAGAACUACGCCCACCGACUCUACCGUUGAGAUUGUUGUUGAGAGGAACGCGCCUCAUCGGACACAGAGGGUAGAACCCCAGCAGAGCCCACAGAAGUACAUAGAAAAAGCGAUCGGUUCACCCAACACCGUGAACUCAAUAGAGGUGAAAUCGGAAAACGGGCGCGUGUCUAGCAUAGUGAAUGCCAUCAACCAGAACAACAGCUCAAUGCGGGGCCGGAUACCGAAGAGCUCGUCGAAGGACGAUCUGCUGAAGGAGAACGAUAACGCGAUACAGGACACUUUGAAUUCUUCGAGCAAUUCGGUGCUAGGUCCUCGGAACAGGCUAGUCUUAAGGCUGGAUGUCCCAGUGCAUGACUCCGAAAAGGCUGGCCUUGGCAUCAGCGUGAAGGGCAAGGUGACGGUGGGCCCCGACCCUCAGGAUCUCGGCAUCUUCAUCAAGUCAGUACUGCACGGUGGAGCGGCGUCUAGAGACGGGAGGUUACACACAAACGACCAGCUACUAAGCGUAAAUGGGGUAUCCCUGGUGGGGCAGUCGAAUGCUGAAGCGAUGGAGACCCUUCGGCGGGCGUUAAUACACUCGCGGCCGCACGUUCGAGGCAGCAUAUCACUUUCAAUCGCUCGCCGAACUGGUAAGUGA